CAUCAUACUUCUCCAAAUCACAAAUACAAUCAUCCUCUCUAUUUCCAUCAAAUUUGUCUCAAAAAGCAAAUCAAAAGGAAAUGGAGAUCUCAAAGCUUUCAACCUUUGUUGUGCUCAUGGUUUUAGCCAUGGCUCAUUCUUUACUUGCCCAAAAUUUGCCCAAAGAUAUCGUUUUAUCCCACAACAAUGCCCGUGCACAAGUUGGUGUACCACUCGUACCACUAAAAUGGAACAAGACACUUGCUGCCUAUGCCUAUCAGUAUGCAUCCACCAGAUUAGCUGAUUGUACUUUGGUGCAUUCAUAUUCACCCUAUGGUGAAAAUCUUGCCAUGGGCUACGACGACUUUUCGGCCGUGAAGGCCGUUAACUUGUGGGUAGGAGAGAAACCGAAUUAUGACUAUGCCUCCAACUCUUGCAAAGAAGAUAUGUGCGGGCAUUAUACUCAAGUGAUAUGGAAAAACACUUAUGAAGUUGGAUGUGAAAGAUUGAAAUGUGAUAAUGGUGAAGCCAGGUUUGUGUCAUGCAAUUAUUAUCCUCUUGGAAAUUACAUUGGCGAGAAGCCUUAUUGAUUAAUUAAUUAAUUGAGAUGCCUUGUUUCAAUAAUUUAUAGUAAUUGCAUUACUCAUACCAUGUAAGCCAAAUAUAUAUAAUAUAGGCUCCAAUAUCGGUAUGUAAUAUGAAGAGUUGUCCUUAGCUCCCCUGAGACAAA